GGCCAGAGGCGGAAGCUGGGCUCCGACUCCUGCGGACUCCGGCACGCCUGCAGCCCCAGCGUAAGAUGAAAUUCGGGGACUGAAAGCGCUGGAGAAGUUUGAUUUCUGACCGUGACGAGCUCAGGCCACCUGUGGGCCGUAAAGCCCCGGAGCGCCCAAGAGUGUUCCAGCUCCACCAACGAUGUGAAUUACACCUGGGAGCAAUGGCAUACAUCGCUUUUUUUUUUUUUUUUAAAUUCCAGGGGAAGCGUUUCUGUGGCACAUACAGAUGUUACUGAAAGUGUUUGCCGGUGAGGAAAUUGAGGCUGUACCACGCUAAGUCAGCACUGCUGGUGCUUUGACUUGACUUCCUGUGGAUGUGCUGUGGUCAUCUAGCGGCUUCAGGAAUACAGUGAUGUCACUUAGGGAAGGUAAUUAAUGCAGAAGACAUGUUACACUAAGAAGGUGAUAAGAAGAAUGUGGUUCACAGAGCGCCCCCUAAAGGUUGAAGAAUAUGGAUACCAACCCCUCACUGGUCAUCGGCACUACUUUUACCAGCUUUUUCACCUUUCAGCUUCUUUUCUACUUUGUAAGUUACUGGUUUUCAGCAAAAGUUUCUCCAGGUUUUAAUAGUCUCAACUUCGAAAAGAAGAUUGAAUGGAACUCAAGGGUAGUAUCUACAUGUCAUUCUUUGGUGGUUGGGAUUCUUGGCUCAUAUAUUUUCUUGUUUGACGAAGCUACUAUCGCUGAUCCACUUUGGGGUAUUUCAUCUCCCGUACAAGUGAACAUUGCUAUUUCUACUGGCUACCUCAUUUCUGAUUUGUUGAUUCUCAUUUUGUACUGGAAAGUGAUCGGUGACAAGUAUUUUAUAAUUCACCAUUGCACAGCGCUGUGUGCCUACUACUUUGUCCUGAGGUAUGGAGUGCUGGCAUACAUUGGGAAUUUUCGCUUGCUUGCAGAACUUUCCAGCCCUUUUGUGAACCAGCGGUGGUUCUUUGAAGCUCUGAAGUAUCCUAAGUUUUCCAGGGCGAACGUCAUCAAUGGGAUACUCAUGACAGUGGUGUUCUUCGUCGUGCGGAUUGUCUCGAUACCUCCUUUGUAUGCCUAUAUAUAUUCCGUGUUGGGAACAGAAGCCUACUUGAGGCUUGGAGUUUUAGUUCAAUUUACCUGGAUCUCUUCUUGUUUAGUUUUGGAUGUGAUGAACGUCAUGUGGAUGAUCAAAAUUUCAAAGGGGUGCAUCAAAGUCAUCUCUCUCAUCAGACAAGAGAAAGCCAAAAAGAGUCUUCAGAAUGGGAAACUUGACUAAAAGCGGGCUAUUGAUAAGCAUUACUUCAUUACUACCCAUAUUACAUCUGCUGAUAGGGUGAAUUCUUGGCAUGUUCUUGUGCUUCUUUAUUAAUUACACUUGUCAUCCAGGGUUUCAGGGUCUUUUUUUAACCUUUAGAAAAGAGAAACUGAAAUUUAAUUUCUAUCCCGAGAUUUAUUUUUUGAAUUUCUUUGGCAUUAUAAGCAUGGAUAAAAUCUUAAAAGGUCUAAAUAAAAAUUAUAAAUAUGGUGAUGGAUCUUUUUAGCAAUCUGUUAACCUGCAUUGGUAUUUUUCUCUGUGAAAAGAUGACUAUGCUAAUUUGGUGCACUUGGUUUUACGUCACCAAUUUUGAAAGAAUGGGAACUGCUUUUAAAUCUGUAAAUAGAUCUCCACAUUUUGUUGUACUGCACUCACUUCUUACUAUGGCUGUAAUACCUGGGUAAGGUUUAAUUUCCAAAUUGUUGAAAUGUUCUUUUUCUUAGGCCAUUAGAAGUGAUGUCUUUUUUCGUAUGUAUAUGCCAUCACCUACUAAUGAGGAAGUAUUUUACUUAUUUGGGAAUCUUUAGUUAGUUCAGUUACGGAAAAUAUUUCCUACAUUUUUCGAUUUCUUCUGACAUCACUUUAUUAUUUCUAUUUUUAACAUUUUGUCAAAUUAUUGCCUUUUUCUUUUGUAGUAAAGCUUAAGGCAGAUCUAAUAGAGCUUAAACGGUGAAUUCGUCCUUCUAAACAUGCAUGUUAUAGAUGAGGGUUUAGGCUAAUAGGAGGAGUCAUUAAGAAAAAAGCUUUAACACUGCUGUGUCUCUCUGCUUCCUUUGCACUUUUUCUAUGAAAAACAUUAUUCUAUUUGCAGAACCUCCCCUGAGUUCAGAAUCCAGCGUCAUUAGCACCAAAGUCUUUUGCAGUAUGUAUUUUUCAUGCUUCUAAACUAGGCCUCUUCUUGAUGAGACCAAAACUACAAAAAAAAAAAAAAUCAGUAUUCAUAUUUUACUCACAAUUUACACUCAUGCUUGCUUAAUCAGCAUUUUGAGUGUUUGAAUUUCUAUCCUUCCGAAAGGACAGGAAAAAGAUAAUUUAAUCCAAGUGUUCUGAUGAUCAAUGUUACUGUUUUAUGUGAGGCUAAGUGACUGGUGACUUUUCUUUCCCUCCUGUUUGUGUGAGUUUAUGUUCGCUUUCUCUUUGGUCCCUACAACCUAAAUAUAGAAUUACAUAGUUAGUUGUUAUUGCUUUUAUUUAUUUUUCUCAAGCACUUGACUUCAAUGAUCGCUCUUACCUAAAGGAAAAAAAUUAGUCAGUGGUACAUACUUGAAUUUAAUUGAACCCAAACCAAAAGACCUAAUCCGUUCAGUUUCUCAGCUUGAAGGAGAAGGUUUGAUUCACUCUCAUUGUUCGUGUUGUGAUGACGAAGGGAGGCUAGCUGGAUAUUUCCAGACCUUUGAUUUCACUUGAUUUGAUUUGACCUGACUGUCCAGUGCAGAUAGAGCCUGGUAAGUUUUAGAACAUUUAAAGAAGGCAACUGAAAUCUCAGUCAGUAACAAAAGGAUACAACGAAGUUGAUUGGCUUAUACCAGGUACACUAAUUUCUGAAAGAAUUAAAGGAAUGUAAAAAUUUAGGUAUUUGUUUCUAAGUUUACUAAUUGUACACUGAUCAUUUGUUACUACAUUUAGUGCCUUCUCCACAUCGGCACUUAAACAUGUACUGACUGUUCCGAGGGGUAGGAAAGCACAGGGUUUUAUUUUGUUCUUUUCUCGCUCUUUUGCAAGAAAAAUGGCUUUUUAAAAGGAAAACAUUUAUAUUAGAAAACUAUUUUGGAAAUACAUUCCUUUAGAAAGAAACAAAACAUGAAAUAAAUAUUUUUGACUCUUUGGAUAUUUCUAUAGUUUCUGAACACAGAUUUUAAACCCACCGUCAAAACGAAGACAGUAUAAAGCUGUAUUACCUUAGUGAGUUUCCAUAUGGCAGCUUCAGUUCUUAUAGUUGCUAUUUCAUGCUUCGGACUUCACUUUCACUUUCACUGCAGCACCUUUCAGUAGGGUAGCCCCUCUCCAAGUAGGUGCAUUUAAAGUACCAACGUGUCGAGCUCAAGUUUGUUAUUCCCUUCGUCGGCGAUUCUCGUUUUAUGCUGGCGUUGCGACAGCUCAUUUAACGUCCAGAGUCAGUAUCCAGAAGUGGAUUGUGCAUACUUCCUCACCUCACACAACAGAUGUGAGAUGGAAAAGACACCGCAAGCUGCUGUGCUCCUUUAAGUCAGAUCGUGACAGGAGCUGCACUCCGCUGUGCUGUGAUUGUAUCCACCUCCCUAAGAUACAAGUAGUUAAAGACAGGACAUCUCAUUUAUUAAAUGAUGAAGUUUUCAUUUAUUAAAUGACAAACUUUUGCUAGACAUUUUACAUGUUAAAUCUUUGAACUACAUAGAUUAAUUUAAACGAUUCUAUUAGGCAUUCUGAUAUUUAACAACUGUUAAAAUAUUUAUAGAAAAUGAAAGCAAAUUGGUAUAAAUUUUUAAGCAACUCUAUUUUUGUAGAAAAAGAUUAGUGACAACCUGUAACUAUCAAGACGUUCUCUGGAUGUGUAGUACUCUAGAAAGUGAAAAUUCUUACAAAAUUUUGAAAAUGAAUGAAAAUUAGCUAAACAGCAUGCAAGGUCAUAGACUGCAUUCUAUAUUUUAUUUGGGAGAAUUUAAAACUUUGAGCUUGAGUUUAUAGAGUUUGCAUUCUUGUAUCAAAAAUUUUUUUAAUGAAUAUUAUUUGCGUUUAUUUAAAACUCAAAAUGGAGUUAUAUAUGAAUGCAAAGAAAUGAAUUCCUGCUUAAAUUGUCUUGAUAUGUUAUAGGAAGUUGAAAUGCAAUUUUGAUUUCAAAGUUUUGUUCAAUUUUGUUGUCUUAUGGACUUGCCCUAUGUUAAGAGAAAUAAUAAUGUCUUCACCAUUCCUAAGGGCGACUGAUAGACUGUGGAUGACCCCGUACUGUUGUAAUCAAAGUCUGAAUCAAACUCUUCUAAAUUUUAACCUAUUUGACUCAAAUCAAAUUUUUGCUAAACGUAUCAGUUUUUAAAUUGUACACUUUCUCUGAGGUGCAUUGGACAUGUGGAGAAUGGUUCUUCCCUGGUGUGAAAAGCCACCUUUACUGUUGGUAACACCAUUUGUUCUGAUGUGUUUAGAAAUAUUCUUCUCAUGGAGAUAUGUGGGGAAAGGUGUGUUGUUAUGUUCAUGUUUGUUCUGCUUCAUUUUUAAGGAAAAUAAACAUGUUCCAAAAGACACUAUUUAAAUAAAUGUUUGAGCAAAUUUCAGUUUCUAGGUUACUCUUAACUCCAAAUAUGCAGCUAUGCAUUUGAAUUGGCUUUAAGUGGUUUAGUCGGUUGGAUGACACUGGGAAGUCCGUGUAAUUGUUGAAUCAUCAGUUACACUUCACCUCAUAGAAGACUAUGUAUGUGUGUGUUUUGGAUUCCGUAAGAAGCCAUCUCAUGCGGUUUUAUCAGAAAUGUGGCACCGCGUGUCUCCACGGGUCCCACCGGCACAGCCCCGAGACCCCACCGUGCUCAGGGGCCCCGGGCGCACGCCUCCCCAGCCCUAACCACAGCCGGCUGACGAAGGCACACUACAGGUCCUGAAAGGGAGUUCUGACACGAAGCAUAUGUGCUGUGUGCUAGAACAAAGAAAACCCAGCAGGACCUGCGGUUGGAGGAGACACCACAACCAACCGGUUUGCCCUUAAAAGCAGCGAUGCUGGUCCCUCCAUCUCGUUUUCUCUCUGAAUCUUUUGAGCCCGUCCAGCAUCCAGCUCUUCCUCCGAUGACCGUGAGCACCUCGCCAGCACCUCCCUUCUUUUUGCCAGCACCUUUCUAGGUCAACUUUUGGGGACUCCCCUUACCUGUAAGCUUCCCAGUCUAUUGAGGCAAAUUUAAAAGUUCACAAAUAUGUUCUUUUGUUGAGAAACAAAAAAAGCAUUGCAGUAAGUUUGAGUAGCAAACAGACAAACCAUAAUUUAUUAAGAGGCUAUAGGAAGCCGUUUAGCGUGUAAUAAUGCUCAGUUUACAACACCAAGCAAAGCUAAUGAUGGUAUGGUUUUACCGAGGAACAUUUGUAGUCUCUUUCUCUUAAACUGGUUUAGCAAUAAUGAGAGCUUUAUAGCCUGUUUCAGCCGGGGGUUUGCUGUAGGCAUGUCAGUUAUCUAAGCGUCCUUCCUCCCAUCCCAGGACGGGGGGAGGAGGAGUCCAGGGUGCUCUGCGUUAGGAGGGUGUGUGGGUCUACGGCAGUGUUAUUGUGUCCUGCUCUUUAAUCUUGUUUCUUUUAAAAACAAGCUUACCAGCAGAUGGGUUACUCAGGGUGUUUUCCAAAGUACAACAGCCAAGGACCUGAGCCCUGUCCCUUUUUAGCCCAGACCUCAAACUGUCUCUAUCAGCUUUGAUAAGGUCAUGCUUUCCUUGGAAGAUACUUGGAUGGCAGUGAAGCUAACGAUUGGCUUGUUUGCAUUGAAAAUGUUUACACUGAUUCCCUCUGAGCAGUAGACAAUUUUGAAAUCAAGCCCUAUAUUUGAGACCAAAAAAAAAAAAAAAGAGAGAGAGAAAUUUUUCUAAAUCUCAAAACUAUAAAUACAAUACCUCUGGCUGAAAACUGGUUAAUCAUCAUCUGUAUGAUUAUGACCUUUUUCCUUUAUAUCUUUGUGUAAUUCUUUCUGUAAUUAAGUGUGCAUCAAGGUAUCUGCUACUUCUUUGGUUAAUGAAGCCUAAAAAUAUAACUGUAAAUGAAAUAUGCUAUGUAUUUUUCUGUUCCUUGCUUGGUUUGCUUCUGAUAUGAUUAUGUCUACUUUUUACUCAAGGAAUUUUUGCAUUGAUAAUACUCUCUUACUAACUUGUAACUGGGAUGAGUUAUGAGAUUUUUUUUGGUAAUUAUUUUGCAAUAAUAAUUUUAGACAUAGAUUUGAUUUGAAAAAUUUACUUGAAAACUGCAGUAAAUAUGAAAGCAAUAGUGAUAUAUACCUAGUUUUUUCUGGUAAUAGAUCACAUUAAUAUUUAAUUGACAGAUUUUGGAAGUUUUUCAGAAGACAUUUAUUAACAUUUUGAGAACAUCCCUUCCAGUGUAUUUCCUUAAGGCUGAAGAACUUUGGUUUUAUUUAUAAAAUACAAGACUUGGUAAUUUACAAAUCAGUGUUAUUCAGAUUUAUCAGCAAGUAAAACAGCAAUUUAGUGUUCUUUCCUUUUUUGCUUCUGGUUGUGCUUUAUUUGGAGGGAUUAAUAGACACCUUGAGGUAUUUCCCUUAAAAUUUUGAAAUGUUUGUGUACUUUGUAGGUGUGUCAUUUUCAAGUAUAUGCAAGUUCUAAGCAAUAAUCUGCAUGUUAUACAAGUUUGGCAUUACUUUGUCAUGACAAUUUCAUUGUUUUAAGAACGUAUAAAAUCAAUAUCCUAUAUAUAAAUCACCCCUUCAUGAAAAUGUUGGGGUUUUCUUGUGUUAGAACACUACUAUAAUGUGGUGUGAAGCUUUGUAUUUUGUGGAAAAAAUAAAGUCACAGUGAUCCAGUG